AUAUGAAUCAUUUUACCUGUUUACACGGAUUCAACUGUAACGUUUUAUUGUACAAAUAGUUAAUGAUAGUUAGAAAAAGUUAUAUUUAGUCCAAUCUGAUGAGUUUGGAUUAAAUUAUUACAAGAAAUAUAUUAUUUUUGACAGUAAAUAAAUCCAAAUUGUAACCGUAUAUAUUGCUGCAUCUAGACAUCACUUCACCAUUUACGACGUGUAGCCAGAGCUAUCGCGCAUAAUCUGUAAAGAGAAAAGAAACAGUCAAUACACACUAUUGCUCAGACUUCUUGCGCCUGCUUAGAAAGCUCUAAAAGCCAACCGAUCAACCGUGUGCGCUUACCGUUUAAACUAUCUUAAGAGUGAUAAAUCCGCGGUAGAUAAAGUUCCAGCAAAGUCCGGAAAGACGGACGCAUAGUGCGUAAUGUGGACCAGAUCGUUUCAUGUGUGGUUUGCAUCGAUGACAACGUUAUUGCUCACGACCGAGAUCGCAACAACAAAUGCGCUGCUAAAACGAUGCUAUCAAUGUCGAUCGCGAAGCGAACUCGGAAGUUGCAAAGAUCCAUUUCUGCUAAAUGCCACUCAAGUUGAAAGUGAACGUGGCGUGUCAGCUGUACCGUGCGCAUCUGGUUGGUGUGGUAAAGUGAUCGAGGGAAUGGGAUCGUUCCGUGAGGAUGAUUACGAUAUGGCUACUCAACGUAUGUGCGUUCAGCGUGGACCCUCGGAUUCGGAGGAUCGCUGCGCAUACACCGUCUACAACCACAAGAAGGUGUACAUGUGCUUCUGUCAGGGAGAUCUCUGCAACACUGCCAACAUAUCCAGAUACUCAUACCAGUGGAUCGGUCUGUGCAGUAGCACGGUGCUACUAUCGCUCCUGUUUUUGACGUUCCAAUUAUCCUAGAUUUCAUAGACCGACUAACAAAUGUGUUAAAUAAUGCCCAUUAGAUUUGGUCUAGCACAAGGCAUUCCUCCAGGAAAUUCCGUCCAACUGUUCAUACAGACAAUAAUACUCUUAUACUAUACUUUUUUUAUAUAAAAAUAGAAUUAUUUGAAAUCACGUGUAA